UACGCCGCGCUUCAGUUUUUAAUUCAUGUGCUUCGCUCCGACACAGAAAAGGAACCGCGUGGUUUCAUUACUCAUAAGAGCGCCUCCCUGCAAAGCGUGGUGGUGGGACGUCUGUCGCAAACCCUGCUCAAAACUUUCCCUCAACUUUUCUACUGGGCAAAGUUCAUUUCAAAAACGAAACAAGAGCAAGAGGCACAUUUUUGUAGGGCGCUGGAGUAAGAUGGUGUAAAACUUUCUCGGUGAAAGGAAAUUAACCUGUCCAUCCUUCCAUCCAUCCAUCCUUCAGUCUUGCUGCUUGCAUCUGCCAACAAUGACGCGAAGGUCCUGCGCUAUCUACACGGUGGGGGCCAUCUGCGCCGUCCUGCUGGUCAGUGGAAUCGCCUUGAUGGUGGCUCAAGUGUUCCGCAGUUUGAUGCACAAACGCCUGAAAAAGGAAAUUGUUUUAGUGGAAGGUAGCCGCGUGUUCGAGUCAUGGAAAGCCCCUCCCCCUCCUGUCUUCAUGGAGUUUUUCUUCUUUAAUGUGACCAAUGAAGAAGAGGUCCUUAAAGGGGAAAAACCAGAGGUGAACCAGAUCGGACCCUACACCUACAGAGAGUACAGAUAUAAGGACAACGUCACCAUGUUGGACAAUAAUACAAAGGUGUCGGCGUACAACGCCAAAAGCUUUGUGUUCGUGAGGGAUAAGUCUGUUGGUGACCCAUAUGUGGAUAACAUCACCACUAUCAACAUCCCCAUUUGGGCUGCAAUGAACAAGGCGCAGGGAUUCAAGAGCUUUCUUUUGAACUUUAUGAUACGAGGCACCAAAAGUCGUCUCUUCACCACUCGAAGUGUUCAGGAAUUACUUUGGGGUUAUGAAGAUGCGUUGUUGGACCGCAUUGCCUCAUCCGGUACCGAUGUGGAGCGGGUUUUUGGCCUCAUGCACAAGAAAAAUGAAAGCAGCGACGGAGAAUAUGUCUUCCACACCGGAACGCAGAACUACUUAGAUUAUGCACGCAUCGAAACAUAUAAAGGGGAAAGGAUGCUCAAAUACUGGUCAACUAAUGAGAGCAACAGCAUCCUUGGAUCAGACGGAAGUGCUUUCCAUCCCUUGCUAAACAAGAGCGAACGUCUUUAUGUCUUCUCUCCUGACUUGUGCAGGACUAUCUACAUGGAGUUUGAGAAGGAUGUUGAGGUGAAAGGAAUCCCUGCCUACCGCUUCACACCUCCCCGCUCGGUUUUGGCCAGCAAGGACGAGAACCCGGCCAACAAAGGUUUCUGUGUCACCCCUAAAGAGUGCCUGGGAACUGGGGUCCUCAAAGUCAGCCCCUGUCGGAAAGGUGCCCCUGUGGUUGCCUCUUUUCCUCAUUUCUACCUGGGAGAGGACAAAUAUGUAGAAGCGAUUGGAGGAAUGUCCCCUCAAAGGCAACAUCACCAAACAUUUUUAGACCUCAACCCGACAACUGGAGUGAUUGUGCGUGCAAGCAAAAGAGCUCAGGUUAACAUCUUGAUCAACAAAAUUUCUGGAUACCCGGACACUAAACUAUUGAAUGAAACAAUCUUCCCUGUUAUUUUCCUCAAUGAGAGUGUGGAGAUCGAUGAUGCGUCAGCAGCAAAGUUGCACAAGCUGCUCAUGAUUGUCAAUGUGGGCUCCAACUUCCCCCUCAUUAUUGUGGGGCUAGGUGGGAUCAUGCUUAUUGUCUUCAUCAUCCUCCUGGUUAGGGCCCAUCAACAGAAGAAAAGAGUUAAGCGCAUUGUGUUUACCAAGGCUGCCUAUGCUACCGCAACUGAAGAGGACACCUCCUAUUCACGAGUCAACACUAAGGAGAAAGACGAUGGCCAAAAUGGAAACUACAUUGGCAUGACGACUAAAACGGAGCAAUAACAAGGGAAUGCGGUGUGGCAUCCUUUUCAUUUAAGCACAAUGUAUUCAUUUUUUUUUUUUUUUUGAUUAAGCACAUGCCACCUACAGUCCAGGUGUAGCCAUUGGAAUCCUGAAAGCAGUUCUUUUUAGGUUUUGUGCCGCCAAUCUGUUUUUAACUGGCUGGAUUCUUGUCUUGGUCAGAGCUCAGUGCUGUCAGAUUAUGAAGUGCUCCUAAGCCAGGCACCAAGUGUUAUUUAGGGAAGCAGCUCAUUGGCAUCUGUAAAUGUAGUAUUUGUAAGCUAGAGUUGUCAUUCUCAGGGGGUCUCCUGCCAAGCUGCUGCCAAACAUUAUUAAAGCAGGAGAGACACAAAACUGCAAGUAAUCUUUUUUUUUUUUUUUUCUAAAGACAUUUCAAUCAGUUCAGUGUUAUUUUGUCCAAUUUCCCUGUUAUUCACUCAGUGUUGCAAAACAUUUACUAUUUUAUAUGUAGGUAGUCCGUUUAGAACUACGUACAUAUGGUCAUGAUGUGAAGUGAGCUUUUUGUAUAGACUGUGGGAGUUGAACAGCUUUUUGUUGUUGUUAGUGUGUGAUCGGGACAAAACUCAAACAAAACAUUGUGUAUUUGGACUGUUUAAAUUUGGUUAACUUAGGCAUUUCAUGCAGUUUUUACUAUAAAUGUUAAUUUAGAAAUAUUUGAGUAUAGAGCUUCUCAAGCCCUUGAAGUGAUAACUCAGAAUUUUUGCAGCAAAGUUUUGCUUAAAGGUUUCAUCUAAUAUGUAUUCUGGAGUAGAUAACUCCCCUAAUGUUUUAGUUUAAAAUGAAUCCAGAUUAAUUAAUACAAGAAGCAAAAGGUAAUGCCGAGCCCAAAAAACUCCCUUCCCUCCCUAACAUUAUUUUGAGAAAUCAUAAACUGUUUGAUAUUUUACAUCAGACAUUUAUUUACGGAAAACAAUAUAAUUAGUUUGACAAGAAAUCAACAUAGGGAUAGUACAUUUGAAGCUCUUCAAGUCAAAAUAGAAGCAUAAUAGAAAAGUUAGGCAGAGUAAAAAAAGCUUUGAUUUGUUUUUAUCAUUACAUUCUCUGUACAAUUUUUGCAUAUAAGGAGGUCAUUGUUGCUUGUACACCUGAUUCUCCAGUGUCACUAAACUGGGUUCAUAUUAAAUGGAGAGGCCAUGAAGUAUCUACUGCAGAACUUCUCACACAUCCUGAAACGUCCCUUUUAUCGGAAAGUUUUUAAAUACGCUGUUCAAAUGCCUUUACUAACCAACAUGUUAUUCGGAAAAUUAUUUUAACUGCUGUAGUCGUGCCUUUGUAAAGAUCAGGAUUAUUGUGUGCCUUCUAUUGUAUUUGUUCUUUAUAAAUGGAGUAUUAUGCCAUAUGGAUUUGACUUCUUCUUUCAGAUUCAAGCAAAAGUAGAACAUAAGACUCAUGGAAGUUUUUUUUUUCUUUUUCCAUGAGGCUGUUUUUAUUUGAUGUGAAUUUUGAUGCAAUCUUGAAAAUGCUGUGGAAUGAUUCAAGUGAAACUGUGAUGAGCCCCAGCUGUGAUGACUGCUCCUGAAACAUGACAGGAGGGAUCUGGUAGGAGUUCCCUAUGCACAUAAAAUGAAAAAUCAUAAUGUACAUAUCAGACAACAGUGGAGAGCUUAUGCCUUCUUCAUUAGUUUUUUUUCUUUUAAAUGUUAGAUCAAACCAGUUACAAACAAUUAAAAAAAAAGUUGAAUGGAGCUCCAAUGCUGUUGCAAUUUUUAUUUCAUAUGAGCAGUACAUUUCUGGAUAGACAUGAUAGAAAUGUUGUUGCUUUUGUAAUGAAAAGUAAGCAGUAUUAUACAACAAAAAUCUGUCAAAUGGCUGGAAGAGGGUAAAUUAUUUUUGUUACACUUACAAAACCAAAACACUGACAAUGUAGAUACUAGUCUGGGGUUCUCUGUACCAAAUUUUAAUCACAAUGUUCUGUUCUGUGAAAUUAUUGUUACUACUACAACCACAUAUUGCUCUGAUUGUAAGCUUUUGAAAUGUUGACUGUUAGCAAUGUUUUUACUGUGUUCGCAAAAAUAAAGCAUAGUUUCAGUA